AGUUGUCUGUAGGGUACAAUAAAUAUUUAGGGACUACCGUAGUUAUUUUCCUUGUCUCAGAGAAAUACAGGAAGCCAGGCGAAAGUACGAACUUGCCACUGCAGACUAUUUAGUUUUUACAGACUGGAUGGAGACGGAGCCACUACUAUCUGGGAGCACUGAUGAGAGCUCAAUCGAUUACGGAUCUCAGCAGAAAAAUGGUCACAAUCAAGAGACAUCGCCAGCGACAAGGCGACUGUCUUAUUCGGUGACUGAAAAUGCGUGCAGCAUUGAGGGAGAAGAUGAGGGCCUCUACAUCCAGCAAGCUGUUGUAUUCAUUGAAGAUGCCAUAAAGUAUAGAUCUAUCAACCACAGGGUUGAUGCCAAAUCAUUGCAUUUAUACAGAUGGUACUAUUCCAAUAUUUGCCAGUGGGGUCUGGGCAUCACUAUAGCUGUGAUCCUGGCUUUGGCCUUUAUGGAGAGGCCCUCCUCCCUCUCCCGCACCUCUGACCUACGCGUCAGAAUAGACCGCUGGGAACCACCCUGCGGCCUGACGGAGGCCAUAGAAAUGGUGUGUCUCUGCAUCUUCACUCUGGACAUCACAGUGAAGGGCUAUUUAAUUGGAUGGGAGGAGUUUCGUAGGAAUAAAUGGCUCAUUGGAUAUAUAUUGGUCAUAGCAGCAUCAGUCAUUGAUUGGACAUUGUCUAUUAGCAUGUUAUGUAAUGAGAGAUUUAGAGUCAGGAGACUCAUUCGGCCGUUUUUCCUUCUCCAAAACUCUUCACUUAUGAAGAAAACAUUAAAGUGCAUCAAGAGGACUCUCCCAGAAAUAGCAAGUGUCAUUCUGCUGCUGGCACUACACCUCUGCCUGUUCACCAUGUUUGGUAUGCUAAUCUUUGCCAAAUCUGAGGACCCAAAACGCAAUGGGGAGUGGGAGGCUUACUUCAGAGAUUUGCCUCGUUCCCUGACCUCUCUACUUGUGCUGCUCACAACUGCAAACAAUCCAGAUGUUAUGAUUCCGGCAUACUCUUUAAACCGUGGCUACUCCAUUUUUUUCAUCCUCUUCAGUGUAUUUGGAACUUAUUUUUUGAUGAAUUUACUCACUGCUAUCAUAUACAAUCAGUUCAGAGGAUAUCUGCUGAUGUCAGUCCAGACUUCCAUCCUGAGACGGCGUCUUGGUAUCCGGGCUGCGUUUGAAGUUCUUUGUUGCCAGGGGAGAGGUCACAACAAAAGCCAUGCUGAAGAGCAUGUUGAGCGUGUGGUUGUAGACAAAGUGCUUCAGGUUAUGAAGGGAGUGCAUUUGAAGUCCUACUACAAAGAUGCCAUUAUUAAGGCUGCUCAGCAGUGUACAGAUGGUUCCAUUAAUGGUGCGACCUUCCAGAGGUUAUUUGAUGAGCUGGACAAGGAUUACAUAAAAGAGCACCCACCAAAACCAGAGUACAACUCAGCAUUCUUGCAGAAGCUCCAGACCGUGUGCAGUCACUACUACUUCACUGUGGUCGGAAAUGUUGUCGCCCUGACCAAUGUUAUGUGCAUCUGCACCAUCUUGGUUCUGAAUUCAGACAAGUUUGUUUCCCAGCGGGAUGACUACUAUAUGGAGAUUAUCAACUGUGUUUUCAUUGUAUACUACCUGAUGGAGAUGUCUCUCAAGAUAUUUGCCUUUGGUUGGAAAGGCUACAUCUCCUACAGAAACAACAUCUUUGAUGGACUCCUCACUGUUCUUCUGCUGGUGCUUCAACUGGCCAUCGUCGGCACAUAUAGGAUUCCAUAUCAUACAUGGAAACCAGAGCAGCAGGGCCUUAUGUCUUUAUGGGAGAUGGUACGUCUGGUCAACAUGCUGAUCGUCUUCCGCUUCCUGAGAAUUAUCCCCGACAUCAAGUUGAUGGCUCUUGUGGCCAGCACACUGGUGGAUUUAGUGAAAAACCUUCGUGCUUUUGCUGGAAUCUUAGUGGUCAUUUACUAUGUGUAUGCUGUUCUGGGUAUCUGGCUCUUUGAGGGAGCUAUCACAGCUCCAGCAAACAUGAGUUUGGAGAACUCUACUGGCAAAUUCACUAUGGAGUGUGGCUCUUACGAACAGCUGGAUUACUGGCCAAAUAACUUUGAUGACUUUGCGUCUUCCCUGAUCCUGCUGUACAAUGUCAUGGUGGUAAAUAACUGGCAGGUCUUCUUGGAUGUUUUUACCAGAUUCACAAAUGAGUGGUCAAAGGUGUAUUUUGUCUGCUGGUGGUUGACUUCCUCUGUCAUGUGGGUCAACCUGUUUGUGGCUCUCAUUUUAGAGAAUUUCACCUACAAGUGGGACCGAAGUAACACGUUCACUGUGUCUGAUGUGGAGAGAACUGGUUAUCAGACAACGGUACAGCUGAUGUUCAGAGAGCACGUCCAAGAGCCAACGGAAGAAGAGCUUCUGACCAGACUCCAACAACACCCUCAUCUACACCUCAGCUUGUGACCCACUACCAUCCACACAC